CAAAUUGUAACAUUUCAAUCCAUUAGUGUUAGAAGAUAAUACCCAAACGAAUAUCUCUUAAUAUGGAAGUUUUUCGGAACAGAUCAGAAGAUUUCACAUUGACAUUCUCCAAGACCGAGAGCGUAGGGAACCUGAUGAAAGUGGCUCUUUUUCUGCAUCGAGUCCUGUUGCCCGGAAUUGUUCUGUUCGGACUGAUCGGAAACAUCCUGUCCCUGCUUGUGUUUAACACUACAAAGCUGAGAAGGCUGUCCUCCUCGGUCUAUCUGUCCGCCCUGGCCCUCUCAGACUCAGGCUUCUUGCUGUGCGUCCUGCUUCUGUGGAUAGACACACUGAACGUCUCCAUCUUUCAUCGUCCUAUCUUGUGCCAGUCUCUCGUCUAUUUAACUUUCAUUUUCAGUUUUUUGUCAGUGUGGAUCGUGAAUGUAUUGACAUUGGAGCUUUAUGUUAUAACUUUCUACCUGUCCACAAGAACAUUACAGUUGCUGGAUCGAAGCUUUGCCGUGCGCGUUCUUGGUUUUUUAGCAGGCGUUGCAAUUGUUUUGUAUGGAUAUAAUAUCUGGACGAUCGAAAUACAUGAGAUUGAUCAAGAGAGGAAUGUAUGUACAGAAAAGAGUUCUUAUUUUGUUCUGGCAAUGUCUUGUAUCGAUUCUUUGCUGACGUCACUAGUACCCAUGGUAAUGAUGCUUGUGAUGACCUCACGCUUACUAUUAGCGAUAACCAAAGACUGUGACAACGCCACUGUAAAUCCAUUACAAACCAGAAGGAAAACGUCACUAGUUCAAGCGAUCGAGUGGAUAAGUAAUGAAACUAGGACAUUUUCAAAUGCAUACCAGUCGGGGCAGACGGACAUCUUCUCAGCAAGGAAAGAAAUCGAACAAAGGGCAGUCAGAGGAAGGAGCAAGUCUCUGUCAGCGCACAGGAAGCUGCGCAAAAUGUUGGUAGCAGUCUCUGUGGUCUUUUUAUUCCUCAACUUACCCAUGCAUGUAAACAAACUACAGUCACAACUCAUGUCUAUCAUGGAGGACGGAUAUGUGACGUCAGAGAAGGCCCAAGCCAUUACGCAUCUUCUGGACUUGUUGUUCUAUAUCAAUUUCUCGGUGAAUUUUUUCGUGUAUAGUGGAUUUACUAAACAAUUCAGAAGCCAUAUAUUGGCUAUUCCAGUCUACUCCUUUUGUGAGUUGAAAUUGCGCAGAAAACCUCGAAAAGACCCGCGCAAAAAUCUGCUCAUAUCAUCCUUUCCAACAGAGAAAUAAGAUAUUUCAUCAUAUAAUCAAUCAAAUAAAGUACAAGUAACGCUCUUUAAUGGAUUAAAAUUCAAUUACAUGUAUCUAUAUUUUCAGCUAUUUUCUCUGCUGUUUUAUUAACAAGAAGUGGAACCCUCAAUCAAAAAGGGUUGUUUAUCUAAAGACAAACUAACAUUGAACCCACGAAUGGAUGCCAACUGAAA